CUAGCAGUGCCCAUACUGGAAAGUAAAUACCAUUGGGCGCUGCAGUACCUCUCUUUUCCUCUAGGAGUGGAUUUUCUCUUCCAUCCCAAUCGUGCAGGUGGCGCUGUAGUGCUGUCUCCUCCCUCUGAAUGCUCCCGGAAGGCAGUGUGCGGCGGUGAGACUGUGCCCAGUGUGCCCCAUGUUCGGCUAUCUGGCAGCGGCUAUUGUGUGCGCAGCGGCCGUGCUGAUCGUGCUCCUGGGCCCGGCCUCGUUUCCCAGUGUACCCGGCCUGAUCUCCCUGUUUGCGGGCAGUGAGUGCGGGGUGUCCGGGGGCAGGGUGCUCGGCCAGAAGGAGCUGUCAGAGCACAAUGGGGGGCCGGGCAGCCCGGGCUUAUACCUGGCUGUGCUGGGGCUGGUGUUUGAUGUGAAGAAGGGGAGCAAGCACUAUGGCCCGGGGGGGUCCUACAGCUUCUUUGCAGGUACGCCCCUGGUAGGGGACAGUCAUUGGGUGGGUGGGGGGAUGCCAUACACCUGCACUCAUACAUGGCACUGGGCAGACAUACUUAUUAUCCUCAGCCAGCCAUAGCAGCUGCAAUGCAAGCCAUUAGUGGCAAAGGACAAGUAGGUGCACAAUGCAAACCAAAUAACAUCAUACAAUAAUACAAUAUCAUUUUAUUCGUCUGCAUAUACCAUACACAUCUAAUAAUAAUAUUUUCCUUUCAAAUCACUUUUACAUUUAUAUUUUGGCCCAAGUGCACAUUACAGAAUAUUGACCAACAAGGUUAUUCGCUAAAGUGAAAAUUCUAAGUGAAUUUCACAUUUGAAGCCAUAGUAGUAGUAGAAUUGAAAACAUAUAUAGUUUGGUUAAUUUUUUUUUCCAGUUCAGUUUUUUUUAAAUUCACUCUGAUGUCUCACUUUGUACGUACCUUGCAUGUAUAUUCUUCUUUUUCAAAAUUAAAUUCAGAAUUGCCUCUCCCUCCUUCCCGUUGUAUUCCAGCUGUGCCAAAGAACAUGCACAGGUAAGGCUCCUGCCUGAUUCUAACUGGAACUCAGACUUUCCUCUGAACCUUUUUAUAGUGGGGUGCUACUAAGUUUACUAAAUUAACUCAACAGCACACAGUGCCCUAGAGGAUAAUUGUGAUUUGGCUAGUUGGGUGCCCUGAUGGGCAAUGUAGUCAUCAGCAUUUGCACUACCAAAGGUUAGACAUCAAUGGCAAAAAGGAAUGGAAAGUAUAGGGGGAAAAAACGUUUUAUGAUUACGUUUUUUUUAACGGUAAUUAAAAUGUAUAUUUUCAUGGUUUAAAUCACAUGCAUGUUUUUUUUAAUAACUGUUCAUUUUGAAUAUAUUAUCAAGGGAAAGAUGCCUCUAGAGCCUACGUGACUGGUGAUUUUACAGAGAAAGGUCUUGUGGAUGACCUGUCUGAACUUUCUCCUUUGGGAAUGCUUCACCUGAACAACUGGCUUUCAUUCUAUCGGCAGAAUUAUGAUUUUGUUGGUAUGGUAUAAAUCCCAUUCACCUUUUAAUUAUUUUCACUCCAUUUUUCUUGCUUGGGCUUUUUAAAUUGCUAUAUUUUACCAAAUCUAGUGUGUUACUGGUGCUAAGUAACACUCUACAAAGCACAUUUUCUUAGUCUUUCAUUAUACAUGCAUGGAUCCUUCUCGUUAGUCUUAUCAUGCGUAGAUAUGUGUAUGGAUAUAAUAUAUGCUGUAUGUAAUGUGUUCAUUUAACCACUUGCAAAUGACUAUUAAAAACAUGGCCUUUGAAGGAUAUGUAUGCAACCUGAAAAAUGUAAGGGGUUGUGUAUCAAAAGUGUCACUUUCGCAUACGUUUCUUGGAAAUUUUGAUUCGAUUUCUUGGGUAUAACAAGAGUGAUUGGGUUACAGUACCUGACAAACAGUGUAAGACUCAAAUCUAUAGAUGAUGUUUCAUGGUCCCAACCCUCUGACCUUAUACAUCACCUUAGGGGGAGGUGAUUACAACACUUUAAUAGGGAUAAAGCAUAAACAUCACAUGUUGUGGCCCCUAACUCAGUUUAGACACCUAUGCCUAGACUACCUAAAAUGGUGCUGCCCCAGUUAUACCAAUUUCUGAUGUCUGGGUAGCAAUAACCCCCACAAAGCUUUAAGGAUCUAUGGAAAGACAAUUCAAGGAUGAAUAGUUGACCAAUAUCAAUGACUCUGUAUGAGGAAAGUUCAGUAUCUGCAUGCAGAGGGAGGAGACACUGAAUGUUUGGAUGCAUUUUAGGCAGCCAUGACCCAGGAAGGAUCUCUAGCAGCUAUCUGAGGAGUGGCCAGUGAAGUUAUCACUAGGCUGUAAUGUAAACACUGCAUUUUCUCUGAAAAGACAGUGUUUACAGCAAAAAGCCUGAAGGUAAUGAUUCUACUCACCAGAACAAAUUCAAUAAGCUCUAGUUAUUCUGAUGACUAUAGUGUCCCUUUAAUUUAAAAAUUUGCUUUGGACUAAAUAGAAUUUUGCAAACAUUUACUACAAGUGUCAUUUGAAUUCUGUUCUGUUCAGCAUAAUUUAUAUUUGUAUAUUUUUUCGAAAUUAGCAGUUACUGAAGAAAUGUUUGUACAAAGGUGCAUAUGGACAUAAUAUGCAGAUGUUUGAUUUAUUUUCAGGAAAACUCGUAGGAAGAUUUUAUGAUAAAAAAGGACAGCCCACAAAAGCCUUAGAGGAUGCUUUGGCAGUAAUUGACAUUGGGUUGAAGCUAAAAGAGCAAAGAAUAGAAGAGAAUAAGCAAUUUCCACCCUGCAAUGUAGAAUCGAGCUCUGGGAUCAGUAGAGUGUGGUGUUCCAAUCGCAGGUAACAAUCCCUGAACCCAAUAAGCAAAUUCCCAUGAAACAGGUUGUUCACUUAAGGGUGAAAUCUCAGAAAUUAUUUUUUUCAUUUAUUUUUUAUUUUUGCUGUGCAAAAAAAUAUAACGGUAUGCGUGUGGUACCCCGACGGCAUUCCACACGCUGCAUUUCAACAUUAUUAACAUUGGGGUAUUCGUGGGUAUAUGCACAUUUUUAAAUUGUUAUAAUAAAAGUGAUCAUAGUGAAAUCAUACGGCUUACUUGUUACAUAUGCCAGGCGUGUCUAUGUGGUUUUGUCAUUAUGGUAAGUGUGAUAUUCAUUGAUUAACGAUGCUGAAACAACUAAGCUAGUGUAUAAUUUGUGUAGGCAUUGUAAUCAGGCUGAUUGAGUUAUUAGAGGCUAAACAUCAUGCAGUAUAAACUUCAAUGAGCUACAUUAGCUAACAAGUAUGAUGCAGUCAUAUACUUAAAGAUUGUGUUCAAGUUAGGUUCCUGAACUAGGCUUGCUGAUGAUUUAAAUGUCCCAUGAGGUUCCCUCUUAGAUCAUUACACAGUUGUAAAGCAGAAUUAUAAUUUGGGUCAUCCUUCUGUGCUAUGUGUUUGAGAGGGGCACAUACAUUUAAGAGGAAGUCCCGGCGCCCGGCUCUUGGUCUGUUAUCAGCCGACUCCCGUCACGGGUAUCCCGCUGUUGGGCAACUUAUUGAGGUGCUUCAAGCCUCCAGGCUCCGGUCCCGUAUCGUGGGGCCAGACGGUCCCCCGAGUGCUGAACACCAGAAAAAACGGAGACCCUUGACGAGGUGUAGAUGCACGUCUCACGCGCGACCAGCUGUGGUUAUGCUGCUGUUUAUGCCGGGGUGAUUGUGGGGGCCUGGUGUGCCUUCUCCGUGGGUUCCUCUUGUCUGUAGGGGCCACAGGUGUUUUCCUUGUGUGUGACAUGUGCCGUUUAGGUAAGGGGCCGUUUGCUUGUGGUGGGGCUUGUUGCAGUGCCCGCCUCUCCAUCUUAUGCCAGAAUGCCGCCAGGAUAGCCUCCAGCUUCUUCUGGAGCGUGAUCUCCAUGUUGUGAGCUUGAUUGCGAGGGAGGUACGAGGUGUCCGCCAUUAGGAGCGAUUUGGUAGUAAAGUUAGUCGCUUGUCUGCCGUCCUUCACCUCUCCCUUUCCCCUGCUGGUUAUAGCUCUCUUGGGUUGGACCGUGUUCACCCCCAACGGUCCCAGGGGGGUAACGGGUUGCCUGUCCCGCCAUUGCAGUUGCUGGGUAGCCCCUGAGCGGGAGAGCAGCCGCCUCCCCCGCCCUGUGCACACAAGGCUGCAUGUUGUCGCAAGUGUGGCUGCUCGGCUUUUACCGGGUCACCGACCCCUACUACCAGGCCCAGCAGUGUCGGGCUUCGGUAUGGGCUCAAGGUGGUCCCUGAAUCAGGCUGAAUGAGGCCGUGUUUUGUCUUCAAUGACAGGAUUGUGGAGGAGCUCCUGUGAAAAACGUCUGUCCUCAAUGACAGGUAGGCCCUGCCCCCUUCUUAGAAAUUAUUGACUAAAAUUCGUUAGAAAACAUAGCUGACUUGGAAAUAUUUUCAGCUUGCCUAUUUUGUACUAAAAUUUGAAAUUUACUUUGAAUUCCAGAUAAUUCACACUUUAGUGAAUAACUCUGAGUAUUUCAGCAAGACAUAUUGCUAUUCUAUGGUACAUGGCUGCACUAUAUUCUGAUGGCCUCUAUCUCUGCCCACUAAGUACAAGGUCUUCAUGAUCAAUGAUGAUAUAAUGGUUAACAGAAGAAAGGACAAAGACAUUUACAUCUACACUAUUACACUAUUAAAGGAACACUCCAAUGCCAUAAUCAAUACAUCCCCCUGUAGUGGUUACUAUUCCAAGAGUGUCCUGGCAAGCUUUUAGUAACUGGGUUGGCUGGGUGGCGCUAAAAUGGUUUGACUACUUACACUCCUGGCCAGUGGUGUAUCCUGGUUUUGUGCUGCCCUAGGCAGGACAAAACUCAGGCACCCCCCUCCCCCCGCGCCACCCCCACCCAACCCUUCCCGCCGCCCCACCUUCUAAAUACACAUACACACACACACACACAGUCAGACACAUACACACACACACUCACACACACACAGUCAGACACAAACACACACACAGUCAGACACAAACACACACACAGACACAAACACACACAAAGUCAUACACACACACACAUACACAGUCAGGCACAAACACACACACAUACACAAAGUCAGGCACAAACACACACACACACACAGUCAGACACAUACACACACACAUACACAGUCAGACACACACACACAUACACAGUCAGACACACACACUCACACAGUCAGACACACACACACACUCACACAGACGCACAGACACAAACACACACACAGUCAGACACAAACACACACAGUCAGACACAUACACAGACACAGUCAGACACACACACAUACACAAACACAGUCAGUCACACACACAGAUUAACUUUUUUUUUAAUUUAAAUCCCCCCCCCAACCUCCUUACCUUUGGGAGUGCUGGGGGGGGGGAGGUCUCUCUCUCCCUGGUGGUCCAGUGGCUGCCGGGCGGGCGGCCGGCGAGGGAGCACUUCCUAUGAGCUCUCUGCUCAGCUCCCUCGCGCAGGCUGCAGAGUGAGGCUGGGAGCCGGAAGAUGACGUCAUCUUCCGGCUCCCAGCCUCACUGUGCGGCGCGCGAGGGAGCUGAGCAGAGAGCUCAUAGGAAGUGCUCCCUCGCCGGCCGCCCGCCCGCCCGCCCGACCGCCUGGGAUGUCAGUUAGCCGCAAGGCUAACAAGGCAUUUGCCCUGGGCAUUUGGGGGGCGGCGUUUUUUGCCGCCCCCUGAAAAAUGCCGCCCAAGGCAAAUGCCUUGUUUGCCUCGCGGCUAAUACGUCCCUGCUCCUGGCACCAUCACCUUUACUGGUUGCGCUGCUUUGUAUUUUCUUUUAAAGGAUGCAAUGUCUUAUAGGAAAAAGUUGUAUUACAGCAUUAUUUUAAGACGUUAACUGUAAUUACCCUGUGUUUAUUAAGUGAUCGUUAGUUUGUUUAGCCGUCUAGACAUAUUUUGAUGCAACAGUAGCUCAAAUAAUUACCAUACUGUUAAUAGAGACAGUGUAAUAUUUUUAAUGGGGGGAAAAAAACACAAUUGUUUUUGUUGUAGAGGAGAAGUGGCCUAAUGGGAGAUCCCUAACGGUGAAAGAACUACAACUCUUGUGGAACAUUGCAAGCUUUCCUGUUUUUUAUAACUGGAGAUCUACCCUCUGGCUACACCUGCCUUUAGAAGUUAUAUUUACAGUGUUAUUUAUCAAUAUAAUAAAUGGUCGUACUCCUAGGCCUUAAUCCAAGAAAUAAAACUUAACUUUUAUUUUAUAGCUUAAAAAUAAAUCCACAUUUCAGCUCCAUCCAGGAGCUGUCAUCAGGAUGACAAAAGAAGUGUUAUUUAUGUGUAUAUGCUUCUUGCUUGUUUUGUCUCCUCAGUGGUGGCAUACACAGGGACUGGGUAGGGGUGCCCAGGAAGAUGUAUCUAGCUGGCUCAGAUGGUUAUCGGUGUGUCUGUGUCAGGACAUCAGGGCCUCCAACUGAGCACCCCGACUCUACAGAACACCGUGACAGAGGAGAUCUGGACAAUCCCUUACUCAAGGAGUACGAAGAGUGUAACCCUCUUUUUGAUUGGUGUUUACUAAAAGAAUAAAGCACAAACUCAAAAGUACUGGUACACAUCAUCUACACAUCACAACCUUCACCUUGACCCUGUGGGUUGAAGUUUCAUUUUUGUACAUUAUUGCGAGGAUAUUCCUCCAGUCCCAUGUACUUUAUUUUAUUUAUGGUUAUAAUUUUUUUUUAAUUUCUUUUACUUAUAAUAUCAUAGUUGAAAGCAAACUUUCUUUCUGACUAAGUUAAUGAAUUGCAGACCACAUAACCAUUUAUGUAAACUGGCGAAACAGAGUAACUCCGAUUUAAAGAUUAAGUGGGAAUAUCAAAAAUUGAGGGGAGACAAUAAUGAUAUAGGGCAUACGUAUGAUUUACACUUUCUAAGUAUAAAUGAUCUUUACAUAAAUAAAUUCCAUAAAACUAUAACAAUUAAAGAUACAAUAAAAUGUUAGCUUUCUAGUGGCCAUACCAAAUGUGUCCCAUGCCCUUCUGUUCUGUUGUCGGAUUAUAGAAAUGGUGUGUGUAUUACAGACUUUACAUCAAUGAAAUACUACAGUAAUGGGCAAAAUGUGUAA